AAUAGUAUUUCCUAAACGUACGAUCUUUUGACUAUUUCUUCUCUCUGGUUUCCAGGUGAACUAAAUUUGGAUGGAUGAAUCUGGAACUGCGAGACUCUCCGUGGGCCAGAGACAAGAGCUCUUCAAACUCGCCCUGGGCUCGCAAGAUGCGCAUCACUUUCUGCCAGGGCGUGCUUGCUGUUGCCAUCACCAUAAACUUACUGAUCCUUUUCUACAUCUCGAGGCUGCAGCAGCGCGUCUUGCACCGGCACAGGGACCACCCGCAUCCCAGUGCCCACCAGCCCCGUGGCCUGCUGAGGUCAGGCGUGACCGUCCUCAUCAGGGAGUUUGAAGACUUUGAAAACUACGUCCCCGACGUGGUGCGUCUCUUCGUGAAGCACAAACCUGAGCUGCCCAUUGUGGUGGCGGCAGACCGAUUGCCUUAUCCUCCUAUGGUUCUCCCUGGCACUCCCAACAUCCAGGUCGUCGUUCUCAAGCCGUCCCCUGACCAGCCUGCCCACGUCUCCAGGCCCGAGACCUACGUGAAGACGGAAUACGUGGCGCUGGUGCCGGAUGGGGUGAGGGUGGAUUCCGCAUCCCAGCUGGAGCAAAUGCUGGAGGAGUUCAAGGCCAGCCAAGCUCAGGUGGAGAUGGUGGCGGCUCCAGUGCAGUCGCUAGCUCCCCUCCAGUGCCUGAACCUCAAGGUGAACCUUAAAGAAUGGACGGCUGACUACACGGCAGCUCCGCCUUCCUCCAAGGUGUGUGCGGCCUUGAAAGGCGAGGCCGUCAUCCUCCUGCGCACCAGGGACCUCUUCAACCUCUCCAUGCCCCUGGCCAAGCCCAUGCUGACUUCCCUCUUCAUCCAGGCAUCCCUGUGGGGAUGGGCCGUCCGCCUCCUUGACGUUUCCUUCUCGGCGCUCCACCAGCCUCUGCUCACCUCCUCCCACAACCAGUGGAAGGCCGACAACCUCGCCAAAGCCAACCGCCUGCAGCUCUUCCGCGACUUUGGCAUCAAGCGGGUCGUCCUGGAGGACGGCAAGGAGCAGUGGUUUGGCUGCGGCAAGGAGACGCCCCGGUGCUUCGGCACCAUCCACGAUGACACGCCGGAAUACCUCUACCAGAACCGGUGGACGCCGCCUUGCUGCCUCCGAGCCCUGAGGGAGACAGCCAAGUACGUCAUCAGCAUCCUGGAGGCGUCUGGAGUGCGCUACUGGCUGGAAGGGGGGACGCUCCUCGGAGCCGCCCGCCACCAAGACAUCAUCCCGUGGGAUUACGACGUGGAUCUCGGCAUCUACCUGGAAGACAUCCCCAACUGCGAGCUGCUCCGGAGUGCAGAUUCCGGCUCCAUCGUGGACGAGAAGGGCUUUGUCUGGGAGAAAGCUAUCGAGGGGGACUUCUACCGAGUGCAGUAUAGUGAGCGCAACCACUUGCACGUCGACCUGUGGCCCUUCUAUCCCAAGAACGGCGUGAUGACCAAGGACACAUGGAUGGACCACCGGCAGGACAUCGAGUUCCCAGAGCACUUCCUGAAGCCUUUGGUCCCCAUCCCGUUUGCCGGCUUCCUGGCUAUGGCGCCCAAUGAUUACUGGAGCUUCCUGGAGCUGAAGUUUGGAGAAGGGGUGAUUGAAAAUCCAGAAUAUCCAAACCCAGCUGUGAGGAGCAUGGAGAAGGGAAACUGAAGGAGCCCUCGUGAAGGCCCAAGCCUUAAAAGGAGAGGUUCUUGAGUAUCUCGGAGCCAAGAGCUUUCCUUCCUUGAACACUUAAUGUCAUGCAAUUGAUUAUGCAGUCAGGUGAUUUACCUGCCCGUUACAGGUACCUUGGUGUCUUGUCCAUACUGGAGGAGAUGUUUGCAACAGUGAAUUGUUUCAAAGUAGCAACACUGAAUGUACAUUCUGCCUUUCUGGAUCAGAUCAAAGGCCCAUCUAGUCCAGCAUUCUGUUUCCGAUGGCAGUGAGACAGGUGCAUCUGGGAAGGUCACAGUCAGGGCAUGAAGGUAAUGGCUCUUUGCUGUUGUUGGUUCCCAGCAGCAGGUACUACUCAGAAGUAGACUGCCUUGGUGCUUGAAGGUUUCAUUUUGCUGAUCCAUAGCAAACAGAAACCUCUGAAAACGGAAAGGCCAGGGAGGACCAUGGUUGCAGUGAGUUGCAGCGUUGCCUUUCAAAAUACAAGGGUCCGUUACGUCACCCCAGGAGGAAAAAUCCCCCCUCCCCCCGCUGUCGGCAGCUGGUUGUUUCAGCAAGAGUCACACAACAGAGCAAGCAGCUGCUGUGGA